GUCUUUCUCUUGUGUACUCGCGGUUGCAGGUAUAUGUAUGUAAUCUGAAAGUGGACGUGUAAUUGGUAGUUGGAGUGCUGUGAAUUUGGGGGAGAUUUAGGGCUUUAAUCUGAAAGUAGACAUCUAAUUGCUAGUUGAAGUUAAUAAUUUUCCUGAUUGAUUGUAAACCUUUGAUUUGAGUUUGAUCUGAAUACUGAAAAAGUUUCAAUUUUCGCUAUGUUAGUUUGGAUUUUCGGUAUUUAAGUGCCGAGGGGUUGUUGAGUUUACCUUUAUGAUUUGCGUUUGCGGUUUUUAAUUUUCAGUGAACUGCUUUAUGUUGCCUCAAUAGAUGUUUCAGAUGCCUUUAUGUUGAAUUUUCGUUGCCAGUCAAGAAACUCUGAUGAUUCUUAUAUGGAGAAUGACUAGAGUUUGCCUCAAUAGAUGUUUCAGAUGCCUUUAUGUUUAGGCAAAAAACCGAACCGUUUUGAACCGAACCCAGCCCUAACUAGAAGGAAUGAAGUCAAUGUGGAGCAAGUAGGCCAACAUUUUGACAAGUUGACUGAACUCGAACACUACCGAAUUGAAUUUUGAGGGCUCUACGCACAAUAUGCAGAGAAGAAUAAUAUGGAAGCCUUGUCAUUUUGCAAGAAUUCGUUGCCUAGUUGAUCAAAAGGAGUGUUUUACAUCCGAGAGAGCCCUUACUUUAGGAGGAGAAACAGAUGAUCCUGUGUAUGCUGAUGUGCCAAGACCUCCUAAAAAAAUGUCAGAAAGGAAGCCUUACCCUACACCCAUGAAGGUUUUGAUUCGAAGAGCCAAGGAGGAGAAAGAAGCCCGGAAGGUUGAACCUUGCAGGAUGCUUGAAGAAUCACCUGAUAAUGGAUUGUUGGUCCCUGAAUUGGUUGAGGUAGCUCAUCAAGUUUACCAAGCUCGAAAGUCCCUCCUGUUUGGCUUGUCAAAACUUGUUCAAGUUGUUCCUGUCCAACGGUGCAGGUUUUGCUCCGAAGUUCACAUUGGACGUGUCAGUCAUGAAAUCCGAACUUGUACGGGCCCAAACAGUGGUUUUAGGAGUGGGACACAUGUUUGGAGGAAGGGAGGAGUUCAACAUGUGGUUUCCUUUCCUAAAUGUUUCCAUCUUUAUGACCGUGUUGGAAAACCAAGAGUUGGGCAUGAUGAGAGGUUUGAAAUCCCACGAAUCCCUGCCAUUUUGGAGCUCUGUAUACAGGCUGGUUUAGAGAUUGACAAGUACCCAACAAAGAGAAGAACGAGACCUGUAUAUAGUAUCGAAGGAAGAAUUGUAGACUUUGAGUCGGUCAACAAAAUGGAUGAUGUGGAUAGGAACUCAUAUUCUGGGAUUGUUGAUCUCGUAGUACAUUCUGAUAUUAAAACUGAUGUUGAGGAAUUGAGGAAUUCAGAUUCACAGAGUGAUACCAACCUUGUGGAUAAAGCAUUACCGAGCGAUAAAGUGGGGAAGUCUUUGAGCGAGUUAAGUAUUAUUACAAUGGACUCAUGGUUUGAGAUGAUAUUGGGAGCAAAGAAGAUCAUGGAGAAAUACAGUGUGAAGACUUGUGGAUAUUGUUUAGAGGUUCAGGUAGGUCCCAAGGGGCACAAAGUGAGGAUGUGCAAGGCUUCAAAGCAUCAAUCUCGUAAUGGUUUGCAUGCUUGGCAAGAAGCAACAAUAGACGACCUUGUGGGUCCGAAUUAUGUUUGGCAUGUCCGUGACAUAGAUGGUCCUGCUCUGGAUAACAACCUGAAGAGGUAUUACGGGAAGGCUCCAGCUGUGGUGGAGCUAUGCGUGCAGGCAGGUGCACCUGUGCCAAAUGAAUAUAGGAGUAUGAUGAGAUUAGAUGUAGCUUCUCUAGAGCGUGACGAGGUUGAUCUGGUUGCUUGAGAUAAUGUUCCUCUAUGUAGAUGAAUCGGAUGUAGUAAAAGAGAUGUAAACCUCCAUAUUGUGACGCAACUGCUAGCAAGGGGAGGUCUCUCGCUAGAACUCCUGGUGUAUUAGAUUGAAGAAGUAUCUACUUCCCUAUUGUGGCUUAUGAAUGCGAGUGUUUUGUCUGCAGGGUUAGUAGUCCACAAGGUUAGUAGUCCACAGGGCUAGUGUCUUCUCUGGAUUCUGUUGCUCGAAUUUGUCAAGUGAAAGAGAGCGAAAGGAUGAGGUAAAGAAAUAUGACUUGUGGGCUGAUCGUGCAUGAAAAGGUUGUAGGUAUGAAAAAAAAAGUCCACAGGGCUAAGAGAUGUUAUGCAAGGUCUUCUUUUAUCGACACAAGUAUUUCUUUGGGCAGAUGAAGAAAGUUAUGCUAUAUGAACUUCUGGCCCCCAAGAUCUUCUCUGUCUUGUCUAAACAUGUGAAACAUGAUGAUUGAAGACCCAAUCUCUAGUCUGUGUAUUGAGACAAUGCUACAUGUCAAUUAGUAUAGCCAAUAAGAAGAAACAUGCAACAAUGUAAGCCUUGGCAAUUACCGAAAGGGUUGGAAGACGUUUUAAGUGUUAUGUUUUGGACUUACAUUGUUGCUUGUUUCUUUUGACGUGAGCACCUAGAUGCUGAUGGCACGAGACUGUGCGGCCUUGUGGCCUUAAUACUUGGAAUUUCCGUCCGUGCAACGGUGCAAUUCAAAUGAGUUGUGCCCUUACAUGUCUGUGGGUUGGGUUUGUGUAUCAAACUAGUUGGUCUGGGUUUGUGUAUCGAACUUCACCAGCAAAGACCCUUCGUCGAUUUCGUCAGUUGGUGAGGCCCAAAUUUUUUUAAUUUUUUUUUUAACAUGCGAUAUUAUUUACAAGGGAAAGAGAGUGGGUUUAACUUUACAAUAAGUUAGCAAUGAUGUGGUUCAAAUUUGUCUUUAGCAAGAAUCAAAUCUAAGAUCUCUCACUUAUAAGUGAAAAGGGAUAUCACUGGAUCGUAGUAGUAAGUGGCUGACAGUCCAAAUUAAAUAUUAAUAAAAUAAAAAAAAUAGUGGAGAUGGAGAGAGAGAGAGAGAGAGAGAGAGAGAGAAUUAGAGGCGGCUAGGGGUGAGUGGAGGCUGUGGCUAUGGAGGCAGGAGUAGAUCUAUUCAUGGACCUUCGAGGAGCACCCAACAGUCGGGCGAUGGUGGAGGAGAGAUCACAAUGGCUGUGCAUAUAUUCUUCAAGAGAAGUUUUGAACAAAGAAGAAAGGUCUAAUUUUAGCUGAUAGGAGCAAAGCUCUGCUGUUUUUUGGACCUUGUUCGGUUGUUCCAACAAAGAAGAAAGACAAAAUGACUUUCUUUCUCCAUUUUUCAUGUGACGGACUCCCAACUGUCGGCGAUGGUGGAGGAGAGGAGACCACAAUGGCUGUGCAUAUAUUCUUCAAGAGAAGUUUUGAACAAAGAAGAAAUGUCUAAUUUUAGCUAAUAGGAGCAAAGCUCGGCUGUUUUUGGGACCUUGUUCCAACACAGAAGAAACACAAAAUGACUUUCUUUCUCCA